AUGGCGUCCCCCGCUUCGUCGCGAACUUCUUCGGGGAAGCGAGUGGUGAAUCAGGACGAACUGCGGCGAUUGAUGAGGGAGAAGCAACGCUCGAGCGCCAAUCGCAAACGGAUCGAGUCUCCAUUCGCGAAAUACAGCCGCCUGGGGCAGCUGAGCUGCUGCCUCUGUAACACGUCGGUCAAGAGCGAGCUUCUGUGGCAGACGCACGUCCUGGGCAAGCAGCACCGAGAGAAAGUGGCCGCGCUGAAGGGCGCGAAGGAAGCCACCCAGGGGCUGUCCGCCAGUGCAGAGCCUGCGUCGGCCAAGAGGAAGGCGCCCGACGCCGAAAGCCACAGCGUCAAGCGAGCGAAGGCCUCCGCGGCGCCUCAGGUACAGCCCUCCACGUCCGCCUCGCCCGCCGCUAAAGCGACCUCCAGUCAGCCUUCAAGGCUCGGCUUACUCGCCGAUUACGACGACGACGACGACGACGAGGAGGAGGGGGAGGAGGAGGGAGGAGAAGGGAAAAAGGAGGGCGUUAGCAAGGUGGCCCCGGACGCGCUGGCCAAGGAGCACUCACUGCCCUCCUCGCGGGAGGCGGCCACGAGUGCACUGCCCAGCGAUUUCUUUGAUGCAAACCCUCCCAAAGCCCCGAUGAUCCCUCAUUCAGGGUCCAUUGAGAAAGCAGAGAUUCACGAGAAGGUGGUGGAAAGGAGAGAGAACACGGCGGAGGCACUCCCGGAGGGUUUUUUUGACGACCCAGAAAUCGACGCCAGGGUUCGCAAGGUGGAUGCCCCGAAGGAUCAGAUGGACAAAGAGUGGGACGAAUUUCAGAAAGCCAUGAGGCAGGUCAACACGAUUUCCGAAGCCAUCGUUGCCGAAGAGGAUGAGGAGGGACGGUUGGACCGGCAGAUUGGGGAGAUCGAUGAGCAGAUAGAGUGUUACCGCCGGGUGGAAAAUCUGCGGAAUCGCCAGGACGAGAUAAAAAACAAACUGAAAGAGGUUCUGACCAUCAAAGAACUGCAGAAAAAAGAGGAGGAGAAUGUCGACAGUGACGACGAGGGGGAACUGCAAGAUUUGUUGUCGCAGGAUUGGAGGGUGAAAGGGGCUUUGUUGUAGGACUUCAAAGACCCAAAAUUUUUAAAACCCUCUUCUUUUGUAUAGAAAGUGCUGGCUCUUGGUAUGGACUAGAGAGACUGCCUACCUAACCAGUUACUGAGUUAAAAUGAGCCUGUGAGGGACAAACUUUGGAAAACUGGUGUAAAAUACUUUUGAGGUAAAGUUGGCUUUGAAGUUUUUCACAUUUACAAACUCAAACAUGUUAGGUUGUAAAUCUGUCCACUAAUUUUUUCACAUAAAUAUAUAUAUUUAAGCCA